UCGCGCCAGCCGUCGUUCGUUCUUCUCGUCGACGCCGCCGACGACGACGACGUCGACGACGACGACGAGACGACGACUCGCGGCCGGUCACCUCUCUUCGCCAGUCUACGCCGAGACGCCGGCUGCUUCGACUCGACUCCGCUUCGCGUUCCGUUCCAUUCCUACCUCUUUAUCGUUCUAUUCUAUCAUUCCGUGCCGUUCGAAAACAUUAGUCGUCCAGUUGUAGCAAGGUGUGCGCGAGGUGAACGGCGAACGAAAAGAAAAGAAGAAAAAGAGACCUGCUGGAGAACCGGUUGCGUUGAGAAGGUCAGUUACUGGAUCGGUGUCAGGAAAGGCUGCUUCACCUGGACCGUUCCCUCUCCACCGUGUUACGCUAAUGACUUCGAAAGAAGCCCGCGAAGGAUAAACUUUACGCUAGAGACUGGACAGCUGGAUGAAUCUGGCGUUGGAAAGGCCAAGGUUGCAAGCCCCGCGUGGUCUUUGUUUUGCGGAGCAAAGAGGAAACGGAGUGUAUCUGGCACGUGGGUGAGCACGGAACAGUUCUUGUGCUCAUCGAGGUUCAUCGAAAGAUCGAAGGGAAAGUGAGAAAGGGUUGGAAAGGUGAGUGCAACGCUGCCAGCAGAAGGUAAUGCGCCUGAUGACCGGAAGUGAGAAGCCUGCGGCGGUGUUUUCUUUGUUCGUUGGUUGUCGGUGUUGCCGAUCGACCGGUUGGAAAGAAGGAGAGAGGCACGUAACUCUCGGGGUUCCGGAGGAACAGAAGCGGCAAGCGUAGAGGCGGAAAGGGGAGGGCAGCGAGAAGGAUAACAGAAACGGGACCGGGACCGGGACCGGGACCGGCAACGGCAACGACGACGACAACGACAACGACAACGACAACGGCCUGCAGGGAGCGCCUCGUGCAGCACGGCGCUCUUCUAACGGCGAUAGGAAGGAGUUAUGGUGUCUCGCAAAUGCGAUGACUGCGGCCGCAGCCGUGGCACUGUGGCAUCGUGCCCACUUUUACAAGGCGAUCGUCUGCGUCGUCCUCGCCUUGAUUGCCAUUCAGUAUUUACUUAGCGGCGUGAUCGAUCGCCGAUCAAUCGAAACCAUUUUCACCAUUAACGCUUCCAGAUACGCGGAUCGUACGUACAGGCAUCAUCCCCGUGGGUUGAUCAUUUACGGUCCCGUCACGGUCUCGAGCAUACUCGGUAGCAGCAAUGACACCGCCGCCGCCACUCUUCUAUGGGCUGGCAAGGCUAAUUCCAACAACGUCUCAAAAUCGGAAAGCACUGUUCCCACUCGAAACGCGUAUAUCGUUGGAAACGUGCUGGAAUCCUCGACCGCGAAUUCAACGAACGGCACCGCGAUACCACGAUGCCCGCUUAUUCCUCCAAAUCUGGUUGGACCACUGGCGGUUAGCAAGUCGCCACCAGAAAUGUCGGUGAUGGAAAAAACGUUGACCGACGUGAAACCAGGCGGCAGAGGUUACCCAACCGAUUGUCUCGCAAGAUAUCGCGUUGCUAUUGUCAUUCCGUUUAGAGAUCGACCGCAACAUCUUCAGACGUUGCUUUACAACCUCCACCCGAUGUUGCUACGUCAACAGAUCGACUACCAAAUAUUUAUAGUCGAACAAAAAGGCAGCGAAGCCUUUAAUCGCGCGAUGUUGAUGAAUGUAGGAUACGUGGAAGCCUUGAAGGAACGGCCUUUCGACUGCUUCAUUUUUCACGAUGUUGACCUACUUCCGGAAGACGAUAGAAAUCUGUACACGUGUCCCGAGCAACCGAGACACAUGUCGGUUGCAGUGGACAAGUUCAAAUACAGGUUACCGUACGCCGAUUUGUUCGGUGGCGUGUCAGCGAUGUCACGCGAACACUUUCGUCUAGUGAAUGGAUUCAGUAACGUGUUCUGGGGUUGGGGUGGCGAGGACGACGACAUGGCGAACCGUAUCAAAGCGCACGGACUUCAUAUAUCUCGGUAUCCUGCUAACGUGGCGCGUUACAAGAUGCUUACGCACAAGAAGGAAAAGGCUAAUCCAAAGAGGUACGAGUACCUAAAGACAGGGAAGAAGAGAUUCACCACGGAUGGACUGAGCAAUCUGCAAUACGAACUGGUAGACAAGCAAAAGCCAAAAUUGUACACCUGGUUGCUGGUGAAGCUAACGCCUCCUCAGCCCAGCUGAUGGCUAUCCUGGAUCGGAUAACGACACGGAGAAGUCGAUCGUCCGAUCGACACGGUUUCCGCUCCAAAAACCGAACGGUGGAUCGAUUCGUUUGCACCAACUACCACCGACGACGCCCUUUCAAAACUAUAACUUACACCUUUCCAUCUAGGUUCUCGAACAAACGUGUAGAACGUCGGAAAAAAAGUAAGAAAUCGUCGACGUUUUGAAAAUAUCGACGAAUUGUUUCUCUGAAGAUGAUCGCGGACGGUAACGAUCGAGAGAAACGUUGUUACGUGAUAUAUUUUUAUUCCUUGUAUUUUUUUAUCGCAAUGAUAGGCUAGAGAGAGCAGGUAUGUAGAACGUAGCGUACGAGCUGACGUGCCAAAGGUGAAUGUGUGUGCGUGUACAGGCGCGUGAAAAAUAAACGGAGCGGAGAAAAGGGGAGAAAAGCGGGUGUGAAACGGCGUCGUCACCCCUUUUCCUCUGUCCAGCCAGCACGAUACGUGCACGUAGACGCGCGUACACGUACGUAAGUAUGUACAUAUAAUUGAUAAAAGUUGGAGGUUUCCUGGCCAUCGCGAAUCUCCGCUUCGAACGUGUCCGAAUCGGACAGGGAUAUCCUUUCGGUUUCUGGUUAUUUCGUCGUGAUAGAAUCGAAUCGAACUCGCAAAUCAUACUCGACGAGAUAAAGCUUAUUUUUCUAAGGCGUCUGGUUAAUUGUGCGGUAAAAAGGUUUAUUUCUGUAGCGAAGGGUUGCGCAAUUGUCGUAGACGGUCGUGUAUAUACAUAUGUAUGUACAACGGAAACGGUACUUAAGCGUGUAACGUGAACUAAUGUCGGAAGCCUGGGUAUUCGAGAACACUCGUUGUUAGCAUUUUAUACGCAUUUCCUUGAAACGUGACACAUACGUGCACACAGUUUGUACAACUGGCCAAAAGUAUUCGCGCGAGCUCGCAAGUCGGUUCAACGUCUGACCCCCUCUCGCUUGUUAACGUUUCGCUAGUCCGUAGCGAAGAGGGGAUCAUCUAUUCAGCUUUGAAAGUUACGAGAAUGCAUCUUCCAGCUCGAGCGCACCAGAAUAAUUUCCAAGCAUAAAAGUUGCGAACGAAUGAAAAGAAAAGAAAAGAUCUUCGAUCGAGUCGAGACACGCAAACAUAUCAGGUGUAUUUGUGAAACGCGUGGUCGCGCCGCACCGCCUUCGAUCGUUCGGAAUCGAUACUUAAAUCGUUAAGGGUGAGAGUACGGGCUGUGAAUAAAUACAGAUUUGCUGCAGCGACGAAGGAAUAUUUCCUUUCUAAAUCGAAACGUUCCUACCGAUCGAAUUCCACGCACCGUCACUCCAAAAAAGAAAUCAAUGUUUUCCGGUUAUUCGCGACGAUAGCGAUACGCGAAGAGAAAAAGAAAUCUCUAUCGAGGCGGCGAUUUCACGCAAACGCAGCAAUUUCAUUUACUCUAAGAAUACACACACACACACACACACACUGUACCAUAUACUACGAAUAUCGUCGAAUAAUCGAUAAUAUCUUAGGCCAUUAAUGUAACGUAAGCGCGAGCGAGAAGUCUGGAGUAAAGUCGGAUCUGUGACUGUGACUGUGACUGUUCCUCGGUAUAGCCUUUAAGUUUAAUUCGAAUCUCGAGACGCGUCGUAAACACGUUUGCUUUGGGUAGAUUCUAUCGAUUCUAUCUUGAUUAGUUAUUUUCUCGAUGCAACGAAGAAGCAAAACGGGAGGCGUAUAGCAGUCGUAAACGUUCGAUGGAAAACAAAGUAAAACGCGUAGCGUAAGGAUAAGAUAAAUCCGUAAGCAUUUGUACGAGGGUAAUCGAUAGCGAGCGUGUUUCCUUCGAUAUCGAACGAAAAGAGAACGUUAAAAGACAUCUUCGCGAUUUACCCAGAACGUUAGAAUUUUUUCACAAGUUACACUGGUGAUGUAUCGAAACAAUAAACUCUGUUAAAACUCGUA